AUGUCAUGGCAUGAGCUUAAAGGAAUAUUAGAUGACUUUGGUUACAAGCCACCAAAGAGGAUGUGGUAUGUGGUUCCGAAAAAUAGUUUGGAUGUGGGUUUGAUAGAGAUGAAUACUGAUUUUGAGGUUAUGGAAAUGGCUGCUCUUGGGGUCAAACAUGAAAUUAUGCAUGUCUAUGUCGAAGCUGAUUUGAAGGAUGAUGAUAUUGGUGAAUGGAGACGGUCUGCAGAUAGGAAUGAAGAAAGGAAUGAAGAAAGGAAUGAAGCUGUUAAUGAGGGAGGGAAUGAAGCUGCUGAUGAGGGAGGGAAUGAAGCUGAACAUGAGGGAGAUAUGGCAGUUGAGGGUGAUAGUGCAAGUGAUAGUAAUGUUUAUUCCAGUGAUGAUGAAGAGUAUGGCAGUGAGAGAGAUAAUGAUGAAUUUAUGGAUGGUCAGAGAAGGAAAAGGAUAUCGAAGAAGCCUCAAAGUGUAGCACCUCUGCAAGUUAGACCUGUUGGAAGUGAUUAUGGUGAUUCAAGUGAUGAAGUGAUCACUCCCAAUAGCACUAAUGAUGAGGGAGAAAGUAGUAAAAUGGUGAAGAGAUCGAAGACAUUCAAUCCCAGGUGUGAUAUGAAGAAUAUCACGUUCAAGAAAGACAUGUGGUUUGAGAGUGCUAAGCAAUUCCAGGCUGCAGUCAGGGAUUAUGCCAUAUACAAUGGCUAUGCAAUUAAAUGGUUGAAGUCAGGUAAAAGGAAGAUGGAGGCUAAAUGCAAGCAAAAUUGCCCAUGGAGAAUAUAUGGAAGCCUCGCGCAGAGGAGAGAUGCCUUUGUUAUUAAGACUUUUCAUGACGAACACAAAUGUAGUCGAGGUGAAAAAAAUCAGCAGGCUACAUAUUAUUGGAUAGCAGAGCACUUUCUAGACAAAUUUAGAACAAAUUUUGAUUGGAAUGUGAGAGAUUUGGCUCAAGAAAUCAAUGAGAAGUUUGGGAUUAAAGUUAGUAUGUCUGUGUGUUAUAGAGCUAAAGCUCUUGCACAACAUAAGAUACCAGGAACUAUGGAGGAGCACUAUAGCUGGUUGCCAUCCUAUGUGGCUGAGCUAAAAAGGGUGAACAAGGACAACACUUUUGAAGUUGUUUAUGACAGAGAUAAUCCUGAUUAUGUUGUUCGAUUUAAGAAAAUGUAUGUCUACUUUGAAUCAUUGAGAAUUGGCUUUCUUGAGGGAUGUAGACGAGUUAUUGGGAUGGAUGGAUGUUUUUUGAAGACAGAAUUGAAAGGGCAACUAUUAAGUCCUGUUGGAAAAGACGGGAACAAUCAAAUGUUCCCGAUAGCAUGGGCUGUUGUUGAAGGAGAGAAUGAAAGCUCAUGGAGAUGGUUUAUUCAACUGUUGAAGGACGACUUGGGACUAUCUGAAGGAUAUGGUUGGACUAUACUCAGUGAUUAA